UGAAUAAAUUUUGAAGCUUUUGAUGAAUUUCAUAUCAGCGUCCCUUUACUUAAUCGUUUUUUGAUUUAAAACACGAUCCCCAGCAUAAAAACCAUUAUAGAAACAGCGUACUUAAGUAGCAUAUGAACUAUGUAGUCUAAAACAGAAUUUUGGACGAAGAUUUUUCUUCGAAUAUGACACAGGAAGAAAUAAUAGCGGAUUUAGAUGGUAUAAAUUUCACUUGGGAUGUACCUCCAGAAAACCUCCAAACGCUCUCAGGAGAAGAUGAAGAUAUGCAAGCACACAACUCAUCCGUAGCACCAGCCUCGGCGUCUGCAAUUCGUUCCAGACGCAGUACUAGCCAUAACCCAUUUGUCAUGGACGAUGAAGAAGAUAGCGAAUUAAGCAUCAUCGAUCCAUUUGGUUCAAUAAAUAGUCAGCCAUAUGAUUGUGAAGAGAAAAGUGAAGCAUCUCAAACGCAAGCACAAAAUAUAUUUGCAGUUGUGUAUGAUGGUCGUGAAUGCGAAAAGUCGGAACCAUUAACCGAAGGUAUGAACCAUCCAAAAGCUUUACCAAGGCCCCCCAAAAGUCAGCCAACAUAUGCGAAUGAUGUAAUGGAGAAGCAAUACCCUGAAGAGCAUGUCGAAAAACAGAAUGACAACACUAUGAAACACCGCAUGUCCUUUAUACUUGAUGAUACCAAACGAGCUCACGAGAAAGAGACUUCUAAACAGUCAUUCAGUCCUUCAUUCUUGUCAAAUCGACCACAUCAACAAGAGAAGAGAACUUCAAAAGAAGUAGCUAUCGACCAUAACGAAAAAUACUUUAAUAAGUCUAAAACUGUGACAAGAACUUCCGCAGUCCCGCUACUAAAAAAUGCUACAGCUGUAUUAACAGUAGGAAGAACCUCAUCAAAGUCACAUGUUGGCACUAAGUGCGGCAGCAGGAAUCAUGGUCCGAAAGUUUUCGGGAAAAACUAUAAAUACAUUAAAAGUCAUAUCAGCCACGUACGUAAUAAUCCCAGUGAAGAAUUUCGAAAUGGAGAAGAUGAUGAAAUUUCUAACAUGUCACAUAAAUAUAAAAUUAACAGCAGAUUUAAAGUUAAAGAAAGAAAUGAUGUCACUUCCCCUCUGAGAGACGAAGCAGGUUCCACAUCGUAUCAGAGAGAAGAUGAUUAUUAUAAGAAAUUCCUAACGUUGCAGCAAGAACUUAAAUCCUCGUUUCGUAAAAUUUCUAAACUUCAACAAAUCAAUAAACUGGCUUUAAAACGGAAGGAUGAAAUGCAAAGAGAAGCAUUGGCUGCAUACAAGAAAAUUUCAGAUCUUGAAAUUUCGGAAAAUACAAACUUGAGUCACAAUCGUGAGUUAUCAGCAGAAAUACGAAAUGCAAAGCAAAGGAUUGGAGAAGCAGAAAUGGAGGCUUCGCACGCCAUAGGUCGAACUAAUAAACUUGAACGUGAUUUGAAGAACGCUGCUGAUAAAAGAAACCGUUAUUAUGAAGAGUUAGUUACUGCUGAGGAAAACAUAAAUAACCUUGAACGAAAUAUGAGAGAGAUAAAAGCAGAAUCCCGAAGUAGCGAAGAAAAUGCAAACAAAUUACAACAAGAGUUAGCGGGAAAAGAAAACGAAAUUUUAAGAUACGAAAAUAGAAAUAAAGAGUUAAUGGAACUGAUGGAGAAAAACGAAGGAGAACUCGCGGAAACAUUAACACGAUUUGAUAUCGUCGUGAAAGAAAAAACGAAGUAUGAAGGACAGAUUGAAGAGUUGACGAAAGCAAACUCUUGUUUGAAGGAAGAUUUACAACGCUUACAAACAAAAUAUGAAAUUUCACAACGUACAGUUGAGCAAUGCACGACAAGAAUUAAAGAACAGAAAGAAAAAUUUGACAGUAUGAUUGUGUCUCGAUUAAACAUCGAGAAAGAAUUACGAGAAGUUCACGAUGAAUUGUCGAAAGAAAGAGUAGAAAAACACUCCUACUCAACGCAGUGCACAGAUUUGCUUACAAAGUUAAGCGAGGCCAAAAACUCGAUAAACCAGUACAAACAAGAAACUGACCUCCUGCAAAAAGAAAACAGAGGUUUGAAAGACAGAGUUUUGUAUUUGGAUCUUUAUAAACAAAUGAUGGGAAAUAAGACAAAAAAUAGUCGACUGUCGAAACAAAACAAUAAUGUUAAUUUGAGCAACAAAUUACUUCGGGAGGACAGUGCGGAAUCUUUACAAAGUUCUGAGUCACCAACAGCCUCCACAUCCAACAACAUCAACAUAUUCACACAGAGAUUAGCCAAACUUCAACAAGAUCAAGAUGUAUUACACAAGCUGGCAGGUGAAGGAAACAGAUCUAGAAACAGUUCCAGAAAUGAAGGUAGCCUCUCCCUAUAUGGUGAUUCACAGCUCAAAAAUGAGGAGACGUCUCAGUUAAGCACAAAAAAUGAAAUCGAUUCCGAUAUAUUCAGCAUUGACGGACAGGAAAGUGCAUUUACAUCACGAAGCCUUAGCUGUGACAAAGAUAAAGAUUUACUUUACGAUGUUGAAAUGAAACACGAUGGUGAUUUUCCAUUCGAGUUGAGAAAGAAUCUCAACAGAGCAACCAUAUUCCCGUCCUUUGCUGCAAGCUUUCAACAAGAAGAACACAAGGAAACACGUUUUAGCGAUUUGAUUCAAGCAAACAACAAAGAUAUCGCGAAUGCAUUGUUGUAAAGUAUACGGACACGAGAAAAAACAAAACUUCGAAGGCAUUGUUUAGAUUAUUAGUUCACAAGGAUAUAUGUGAAAAGGCAGUUAUGUUCCUUGUAGCUGUAAUUCAACUUUGUGGUAAACAAACUAGAUAUUUUUUCGUUU